ACCCAGCGCGCAACAGCAUUUCCGGGAGCGUACUUUCUACGUCAGGACGCACGCAUCCUUCUGCGUUUGUUUCCCAGCAUGCCACGGAAAUAGCUUAGCUAACAUGGCGGCGGAAGAGUAACGCAGUACGCUGAGUUUACGAAUGUAAGUGAGUAAAGCUAACAAGGUGAUACGUAUGUGGUGAGAUCUGCUUACUUUCCAUGUUGAGGCUGUAAAGAAGAGACAUUACCUGUAUAAAAGUGAUUCACUUAAAAUGGCAGGAGAGCAGCCUGAUAAAAAAGACCGUGAUGCAUCUCCAUCCAAGGAGCGCAAGCGUUCCCGUUCUAGAUCUGCUGAGAGGGACCGUGAUAGAAAAUUGUCACCCUCCAAAGACAGAAAAAGACAUCGCUCUCGAGAAAGGAGAAGAUCUCAAAGUCGUUCACGCUCCAAAUCAAAUGAAAGGGACAGAAGACAGAAAGAUCGAAAGAAAGAUCGUGAAAGAGAGAAGGAUACCCACAGAAGAGACAAAGAAAGAAAGCGCUCAAGGAGUGUGUCCCCAAACAGAGGAAAAGAAACCAAAGUGAAGAAAGAGGUAAAAAAAGAAGAGGAAGAUGAAACAGACAAGAAGCCAAAGGCGAAUCCUUUAUCACUGGAGGAGCUGCUUGCAAAGAAGAAAAAAGAAGAAGAGGCAGAGUCCAAGCCAAAAUUCCUUUCCAAAGCAGAGAGGGAGGCUGAGGCCCUAAAGCGCAGGCAGAUGCAAGUGGAAGAGCGUCAGAACUUACUUGAAGAGGAUCGUAAGAAAAGGAAACAGUUCCAGGAAAUUGGGAGGAGAAUGCUUGAGGAUCCACAGGAGAGGGAACGUCGAGAGCGCAGAGAAAGGAUAGCGAGAGAGAACAAUGGCAAUGAAGACGAUGAUGGUAGAGUAAAAGUUCGUGAGGAAAAAGAUAAAACCAAGGAACUGCAAGCUAUAAAGGAGCGGUAUCUGGGAGGUUUAAAAAAGCGGAGGCGCACUCGCCAUCUAAAUGACAGAAAAUUUGUGUUUGAAUGGGAUGCCUCUGAAGAUACGUCCACUGAUUAUAAUCCACUGUACAAAGAACGACACCAGGUCCAUCUUCUUGGACGUGGCUUCAUUGCUGGCAUAGAUCUUAAGCAACAGAAACGUGAACAGUCCCAGUUCUAUGGAGAUCUCAUGGAAAAAAGACGGACAUUGGAGGAAAAGGAACAGGAAGAGGUAAGGCUUCGCAAACUGAAAAAAAAAGAAGCCAAGCAGCGCUGGGAUGAUAGGCACUGGACUCAGAAGCAGCUGGAUGAAAUGACGGACAGGGACUGGCGUAUAUUUAGAGAAGAUUACAGCAUCACUACAAAAGGUGGCAAGAUCCCCAAUCCAAUCCGCUCUUGGGUUGACUCCAUUCUUCCUCCACAUAUACUGGAAGUUAUCGACAAAUGUGGCUAUAAGGAGCCAACUCCUAUCCAGCGACAAGCUAUCCCUAUCGGUUUGCAGAACCGGGAUAUUAUCGGUGUGGCUGAAACUGGCAGUGGUAAAACUGCUGCCUUCCUAAUUCCUCUGUUGGUCUGGAUUACAACUCUCCCCAAAAUAGACAGGAUUGAAGAAUCUGACCAAGGACCUUAUGCCAUUAUUCUGGCUCCAACAAGAGAGUUGGCCCAGCAGAUUGAGGAGGAGACCAUCAAGUUUGGAAAACCACUUGGAAUCCGGACAGUUGCUGUUAUUGGUGGUAUCUCUCGUGAGGAUCAGGGAUUCCGCCUGAGAAUGGGCUGUGAGAUUGUAAUUGCCACUCCUGGACGUCUCAUAGAUGUACUCGAAAAUCGCUACUUGGUUCUAAGUCGAUGUACUUAUGUGGUACUUGACGAGGCUGACCGUAUGAUUGACAUGGGUUUUGAACCUGAUGUCCAGAAGAUUCUAGAAUACAUGCCAGUGACUAACCAGAAGCCUGAUACUGAUGAGGCUGAAGAUCCAGAGAAAAUGACUGCCAACUUUGAAUCUGGAAAACACAAAUACCGACAGACUGUCAUGUUUACAGCCACAAUGCCACCGUCUGUAGAGCGUUUAGCAAGAAGCUAUCUGCGUAGGCCAGCAGUUGUGUAUAUUGGCUCUGCUGGCAAACCUCAUGAGAGAGUAGAACAGAAGGUGUUCCUCAUGUCUGAAGGAGAGAAGAGGAAGAAAUUGCUGAACAUCCUGGAGAAAGGAUUUGAUCCACCAAUCAUUAUCUUUGUCAACCAGAAGAAGGGAUGCGAUGUACUGGCAAAGUCUCUGGAGAAAAUGGGGUUCAAUGCUUGUACCUUGCAUGGUGGCAAAGGCCAGGAACAAAGAGAGUUUGCAUUGUCCAACCUUAAAGCUGGCGCCAAGGAUAUACUGGUUGCCACUGAUGUUGCUGGGCGUGGUAUUGAUAUUCAUGAUGUCUCUAUGGUUGUGAAUUAUGACAUGGCAAAGAAUAUUGAAGAUUAUAUCCAUCGUAUAGGAAGAACCGGAAGGGCUGGUAAGAGUGGUGUUGCCAUCACUUUCCUGACCAAAGAAGAUUCCUUUGUGUUCUAUGACCUCAAGCAGGCCAUUCUUGAAAGCCCGGUGUCUUCCUGUCCACCAGAACUGGCCAACCAUCCUGAUGCCCAGCAUAAGCCUGGCACUAUUCUCACUAAGAAAAGGAGAGAGGAGACCAUCUUUGCUUAACCAUUCCCUUUGGGUCUUUCUUUGCUUAACUAUUCCCUCUGGGUCUUAUUGAAGUCUGAGAUAUUAAGAAUGUGCUGCAGUUCCUAAUAUUGCUCCCUGUUAGCAAAGAUAUGAUGCAAUUUAGAAAAACCGUUUGUAUGACCUGACGAUCAUAUACUUCCAUAGAGUUCUGUGGGUAAUUCAUUCUGAUAUCAGAAUACAGAUGUUUUAUCUGGAGACAGUGAUCUUCCUACAUUCAGAAUGUGACUUGUUUUGAAAUAUGGAAAUUUAGCAGCAAGCAGAUUUGGUGUUUAUAGCCACCAAGCAUAUGUCCUUGACAACAAUCUAUCCAUUGAUUUCUUUGUUCACAUUGUUUUAUUGGUUUAAUGAGACUCAUUUGCUUCUUCACGAAGGUCCUCGUUACAUGUACGUAUAGAGACACCUCAUAGCGCUGCAACAGUGCCUAAAGUGAAAGUAGAAGAUUACUGUUCUGAUGGCACAUGCACCCAGUAAAGAUUACUCACUCUCAUGUGAGCAGAAUAAAGGCCACCCACCAACGUUUCUGUUUCCUUCAUCCAUGCACCCACCUCAUUUGUUUUCAAUAAGGUGAUUGCAUUGCUACGAAAUAUUAUGAAGAUGUUGCUCGAUGCGUUGAGUAUGCCUUUAGCAUCAGAACUGGGAAGACACUUUCAAAGAAAUAUAUCCAGUUCUACAGAAAUAUUGAUGCUUUAGCCUUUUAAUCUGUAAAUUUGUGUGAGGGUUGCACCAAUGGGAAGUUGUUUUAGGGGAAUUUAUGCACCCAAAUUUUACAACAAAAAUUGUAUGCUGAAAUGUCAUUAUAUGCAACUAUUUAGCAUUCAUUAAAAAUUGUCAUUUGCA